AUGCAGAAUGGUCAUCCUAUUGCAUAUGCCAGCCGAACACUAUCUGAGACAGAAACAAAAUAUGCUCAGAUAGAGAAGGAAAUGUUGGCCAUCGUUUAUGCGGUCGAGAAACUUAACGACUACACGUUUGGCAGAAAAGUUACCGUCUACAGUGAUCAUAAACCUCUAGAAAGUAUUUUGAAGAAAACUCUUCACCGAGCGCCCAAGAGACUGCAGGGUAUGAUGAUCCAUCUCCAGAAGUAUGACAUCGAAGUGAAGUAUGUGAAAGGAAGCAACAUGUUCCUUGCCGAUACGUUGUCCAGAGCGAGCAUCCCCGGUGAUGGGAAAAGUGGUCCAGAGUUCGAGACCAUCAACAUAAUGAAGUACCUGCCAAUUUCCGACGAACGGUAAAGGAAAUACAACGAGAAACAAAAAGCGACGUGUCCCUCCAAGUCUUGACGACGGUGAUUCGGCAGGGGUGGCCAGAGCAAAAAGAAGAUCUUCCAAAUGUUGUGGCACCCUACUUCAACAUCCGAGACGAGAUGUCGAUCCAAGAUAGUCUAGUGUUCAGAGGAUAAAAAGUGGUUAUUUCGCAAGCAAUUAGAAGCAAGAUGCUGGGAAAACUCUACAACUCCCACCUGGGAAUAAAUGGUUGCCUUAAUCGAGCUCGAGAGUGCCUUUACUGGCUCGGUAUGUCCAACGAUAUCAAGAACCAUGUGUCAACCUGCGAAGCCUGUCGUGAAUAUGAGAGAAGUCAGCCAAAGGAAACUUUAUGUAGUCAUGAAGUGCUAAAUUGACCCUGGCAACGUGUAGGAAUAGACUUAUUUGAACUAGAGAGAAAACACUAUCUAGUUACCGCUGACUAUUUUAGUGAUUUCUUUGAGCUGGAUCACUUGAAUAAUAUCUCCUCAGUACACGUCAUUAGAAAAAUCAAGAGUCAUUUCGCGAUACACGGCAUACCCGAACAGGUGAUAACGGACAAUGGCCCCCAGUUCGUGGCACACGAUUUCCAGAUAUUUGCUAAGGAAUGGGACUUCGAGCACGUCACCUGUAGUCCAUACCACAGUCAAGCGAAUGGUAAAGCCGAAAGCGUUGUAAAAGAAGCUAAGAAAAUCCUAAGAAAGUCGAAGAAAACAAAGUCAGAUGCGUUUUUGGCGGUUCUUGACCAUCGAAAUACCCCCUCCGCGAGCAUGAAGAGCAGUCCAGCCCAGCGCCUGUUGAAUAGGCGGGCAAGAACCUUGUUGCAAACAACAGCGAAGCUGCUACAACCACAAUCGAUUGACAGCGGUACCACGGUAAAGAAACUAGUGGAGCGGAAAAGACAACAAGCCAAGUAUUACAACAGGGAAGCUGUCGAAUUGAAAUAG